GGAAGGAUUUAGAAGUCUAGAUACCUGGGGUCUGGACUUCCUAGUCUCGGGCUGGGCGCCUGGAUGAUGUUUUUGAUGGACUGGGGUCGCGAGGUCUUUCGGGAUCUUACCCUACAGGCCGGGGACCUCGGGGGCUCGAUUUCCCGGCUCCACCCUAUCAUGUGGCCGCCCCGGCUCCGCCUCUGCCCCAGUUCCUGUUUCGGACUCUGCUGUCCCUCUUCGGCCUUAGGGGCUGCCCGCAGACGCUUGCUUUUCCUGGGCGCCUGCCGCCCCCAUCCCAGCUCACUCCUCCGGGGUAUGGGGCCUCCCCCCGGCUUGGGCCGGGCCUUCUGGGGUCCCCGAGGGGCCUCAGCACCUUCGUGACCAACCGGCCCUCUUGGUGCUGUCACCACCCCCAGAAUGAAGGGCGGUGAGGGGGACGCGGGCGAACAGGUUCCGCUGAACCCGGAGGCUGAGAGCCCCGCGGGCUCGGCCACGUACCGAGAAUUCGUGCACCGCGGCUACCUCGACCUCAUGGGGGCCAGUCAGCACUCGCUGCGGGCACUCAGCUGGCGCCGCCUCUACCUCAGCCGAGCCAAGCUCAAAGCUUCCAGCCGCACGUCUGCGCUGCUCUCGGGCUUCGCCAUGGUGGCCAUGGUGGAGGUACAGCUGGAGAGAAAGCAUGAAUACCCUCCAGGCCUGUUAGUGGCCUUUAGUGCCUGCACCACCGUGCUAGUGGCUGUGCACCUCUUUGCACUGAUGGUCUCCACAUGCCUGCUGCCCCACAUUGAAGCCGUGAGCAACAUCCACAACCUCAACUCUGUCCACCAGUCACCACACCAGAGACUCCACCGGUAUGUGGAGCUGGCCUGGGGCUUCUCCACUGCCUUGGGCACCUUUCUGUUCCUUGCUGAAGUUGUCCUGGUUGGCUGGGUCAAGUUUGUGCCUAUUGGGGCCCCCUUGAAUACACCAGUCCCUGGGGUGCCUGCAUCCCAGGUGUCUGCUGGGACUCUGCCACCAGUGGCCACCUCUCUUAGUCCAGCUUCCAACCUCCCACCAUCCUCUGUUUCUACAGCCUCAUCACUGACUGAGCCUUCUGAGGCCUGCCCACCCCAGCAAGCAUGUGGUGGUGGUGGGGCCUAUGGGCCAGGCUGGCAAGCAGCCAUGGCCUCCACAGCAAUCAUGGUACCUGUGGGGCUUGUAUUUGUGGCCUUUGCCCUGCAUUUCUACCGCUCCUUGGUGGCCCACAAGACAGAUCGCCACAAGCAGGAGCUUGAGGAGCUGAGUCGCCUGCAGGGAGAGCUGCAGGCUGUGUGAGGCUAGUGGUAAUUACUGUGAGCACUGCCUCCCUCCCAGGUCUGCAAGAGGCUCCAGGGCUACAGACCUUAUUCCCUCCCUGCUCCUGGCUCAAGCCACUUCCUGUGGCCACUCAGGUAGUGACCAGUUUCCUGCCUGCAGGGUCCUUCUUGGGGAUAGCUCCCACAUUGCCAGGAAUUUUCUCUAUCAGCCUGUCCCAUGGAUUUUAUAUACAUAAACUCUAUGCCUGAGUUGGGAGAAACACAGGAGGAAAUAAAAGGUCCUCAAUCCAAGGAUCAUAUGGUAGAUGGAGGGGAAGCAGGGAGACCCUGGUGGGACCUUUGGUGCUGACACUCAGCCACCUUUUCCAUUCCUAUAUGGGAUGGUCAGGUUACAUGCCCACAUAGCUGCCCCAAAAGGCAGUCAACUCUUGCUUUAUUUUUGUAGAAUCUAUUAUAUAGUUGGUGUUUGGGGGAGAAGCUUUUAUCUGUCCCCAGAUUUUGGUGGGUUCCGCAUCCUUGCUUUAGUUGUUUAUAGAGGAAUCUGGUAUUUCUACCCCAGGCACAGGUCCAGCUUUUCUUUUCUUUUCUUUUCUUUUUUUUUGAGACAGAGUCUCAAGCUAUCACCUUG